UUCAUCCGUUGCCAAACUCCUGAAGAGCUGAAGUCGAGACAGAAGCUGAAACUCGCCUCAACUGUUUGCGCAACUUUGUCGUCCUUCACGUAUAUUUCACGAAAAUAUGGAGCAUCUGGAAAACUCCACAGCUUUCCCAAACCGAAUCUCCCUGCACACAGAGAGCAGCACGAGCUCCCUGACGGACAAAGGCGACGGGGACGCGUUUCUUUACAUACUGAUCGUCAUGUGUUUCUACGGAGUCUUCCUCUGCGGGGUCAUGCUUGUUUACUUCCGCUCCAAGCGCAGGGAAAAGAGAAGGAUCAACAUCUUUACGCGCCUGGUACACGAGGAGGAGCGGCGGGAGUGGGGCGCUCUGCCCAAGAAGAACAGCCUCUCCUUCCCCGCCGCAGCCCCCGCUGCCUCCGGACUGCGAUCAGUGCACGUGUCCCUGCCUUUCUGCGGUUUCCACGGCAGCCACUUUGGACACCGCAGCAGCGAGGACGCGCUGCCAUCUCCGCUGGCGUGUGCGCUGUGCACCGAGCAGAGCAGCAUCAGCUCGCUGUGCUCAUCCGCGGACACGCACAUCGCCAUCGAGGAGGAGUCGGACAGCGGGACGGCGGAGGAACCGGAGGAGCAGGUGAAAGGAGGGUCGGGGAACAGCGGGGACGAUUCAGGCUGAGAGGAACUCAGAGAGGCGCACAGAAGAAACACCAGUUGGAGAGAAGAACAGGCACAUUGAAGCCUUCUUAUGUCAUAGACCACCGAAUAAGUCUAACCAUGACUCAUCAGUAAUGAUCACUAAUCAAUGUCACCAGGAUCUGAUCUCUAGGGAAGAUAUGGAAGAAGUGAAAUGCGACAAUGUGGCCUGGAUGAAGGUCAUGGCCAUUUGGGGAACUUCUUCAUUUCUUAGUUUACUGUCAUCAGUUUAAAGCAGUGACUUUAGGUUACUCUGCUGUUUGGGAUAUUUAUAACACAUAUCUGUCAAAAUUCUAGGGAUGACUCAACACUUUUCAUAUCCAAUACUGAUAUCACUGCUUUGAGAAUCUACUUAUGUGAGUAUGAUACAGUUUGUGUAAAAUACAACUUCCACUCAUCAUUUUCUCCACAAAGAUCACAGCAGACAUGUGCAUCCCUCACUCUUAUCUGGUCACGUGACUUUGGUGGUGCAUUAAUAUUUAUGAUAUUUAGUGUUUUCUGAUCAUAUCUGAUUUCUUACCCCACAUCUGAUCCAGUGAUUCUGACCAGUAUUGGAUAAAUACUGAUAGUGAAUAUCGUGUCAGCUCAUCCUUAGUUAACACAUAGUGAAUGUAAAGGUUCAGUUCCACUGAGUAAAACGUCAUUUAUCCAUGAAAAGGUUGUUGGAGGUCAUCACGCAUGUUCCACUGGGGAUGGAUGGGUGGAUAUUUCAAACCCAUAGGUGGAUUUUUAUUAUUUAUCA